AUGUUAAAUAUCUUCAGUAAAAUUUUUACAGCGUUCUUCGCCGUUUACGUGUUCGGUACCACCGCAGUACCAAUAUUUCCACCUUCCAGGAUGUACCUAAUCCUCCUCAGUUGUCUCUUAAAUUGUGCAGACUCCAUCUACUACGUCGGAGUAGGCCGGGCUGACUGUACCGGCCCUCCCACAGAAGUCAAUUUGAUGGGUUUCGCCGAGAUAACUCAAAUUGCAUGUGGGCUGCAUUUGCGACAAUUCGUACGAGCGUUCGUGGUCAAUGAUGGUACCACCAGCAUGAUUUUUGUCAAUAUCGACGCCCAUUCGACGAGUGACGGCGUCCGACAAGAAGUACUGGUGCGACUAAAUCGACUCUACAAUGGUACCUACAACGAGCAAAACGUCAUCAUUAGUAGUACCCACACUCACUCGACCCCUGGAGGUCACCACAAAUACUUCUUAUACGACAUUUCAGUGAAAGGAUUUUCGCAACAAUACUUCGACUAUCUCGUCGAUGCAAUCACCAAGGCAAUCACGAAAGCGCACAACGCCAUCACCGAAAGUAGGAUUUUUCUAAACGUGGGGGUGGUACCCAACGCCAACAUUAAUCGAAGUCCGGCUGCGUACUUAAUGAACCCUGAAGCCGAACGAUCAAGGUAUCGCUACAACGUGGACAAGGAAAUCACCCAACUCAAGUUCGUGCGGGUUUCUGAUGAUAAACCCAUCGGUACUAUCAAUUGGUUUGCCGUCCAUCCAAACACAAUGAACUCGACGAAUUGUCUAGUGAGUUCCGACAAUCUGGGGUACGCUUCGGUUUUGUUGGAAAGCCACUUCAACGGAGACGUACUAACAAAGGAGGGUUUUGUGGGGGCUUUCGCUUCCACUAACAUAGGCGACGUUUCCCCAAAUACCAAAGGACCGAUUUGUGUCGACACUGGUAACAAGUGCGACUUUGUUACUAGUACCUGCGACGGCGACGCAGCGACUUGCAUCGCGUCAGGUCCGGGAAAAAACAUGUUCGAAAGUACUAGAAUCAUAGCUGAACGAAUUUACAACAAGAGUCUAGCGCUUUUGCAAAAUGGUGGUACCGAAUUGUCUGGACCUGUCAGAUCGAUUCACCAAUACAUCGACAUGACCAAAGCGAAAGUCGAGGUACUUUCCAACGGCACUAAGAAGCUAGUACGGGGUUGCAGCCCAGCUAUGGGUUACAACUUCGCGGCUGGUACCACCGACGGCCCUGGUAUAUCUAGUGCGGCGCAAGGUACCGGCUCCAAAAAUUUUCUAUUGACGAUAGGGAGAGAUUUGCUUUCCGUACCAACCAAAGACGACGUAAAGUGUCACCACCCUAAAAAAAUUCUUAUCAACAGCGGAAAGGCGACUUUUCCGUACGAGUGGCAACCUAAAGUCGUUCCAACGCAAGUAGCGACCAUUGGGUUUUUUGUCGUGGUGGCAGUACCUGGUGAGUUCACCACGAUGUCGGGACGACGAAUGAGAGAGGCGGUGCGACAAGUCGUGGGAAAAAGCGACACGAAGGUGGUAGUUUCGGGUCUUGCGAAUGUCUACACAAGCUAUGUGGCGACUCCUGACGAGUACCAACUGCAGCGGUACGAAGCUGCGUCAACUAUCUAUGGACCCUACACCCUUGAUAUUUAUAUUAAUCAGUACAAGAAAUUGGUUUCAAAAAUGAUGAACAACGAAACGGUUGAUUCUGGUCCACGUCCUGCUAAAUUUCCACCGGUACUUGUGUCUCUUGUGGAACCACCAAGCUUCGAUGGUUCCGGGUUGCGCAAAUUUGGAGAGUGCUUGAAGCAACCACGGUCCAAAGUUUCCAAAGGGGAUACAGUAGUGACCAAAUUCGUUUCAGGAAAUCCGCGCCACAAUCCUCUGCACGGUGACACUUUUUUUGUGGUGGAAGUAAAAGUAGGCGAUGGUUGGACUGUGGUAGCUACUGAUGCCAACUGGGAGACUAGGUUGUACUGGGAGAGAACUAACGUGGUCACGAGGCAAUCUGAAAGUACUAUCGAGUGGAUGGUUGGGGAAAAAGUACAAGAAGGAGAGUACCGGAUAAGGUGGAAGGGUCACUACAAAACCGUGCUAGCACAAAUCGAGUACUACGAAGGUGGUACUAGAAGUUUUAUUGUACAAUAA